AUGGGUGCAUCUGCCAGCUGCAUUCGAGUCGCGCCUGAAGUCGCCUCUGCCCAGCGAGAGGCGUCCAGCUCCGGGCACCCAGCCUCUCUGAGCACCGCUCUAGGAACAUGCUGGACUCCCAGCAGGGACCAGGAGCAGGACGCUGGUCAGUGGGCGCCGGCCUCCCGCCUGCCCCCCCCGCCGCCCCACUCCCGAAGUCGCCGGCCCUGGCAGGAGCCCACCCGGGCGGCACCGGCACCGGCCCGCGCAUGCGCCUGGGAGCGGCCCGCAGUGCGGGUCCGGGUCCCACCAGGGCUGCCGGUCAGAGCCUCGGCGCCGCCUGGGGCCCUGCGGGGGUUCAGACGCCCACCCCAUGAAGGUUGGGAGGGAUCCGCACAGCGCCAAGGACUCUGGGAGUCCGACAGCUGUGAGUCCACUCUCCGCUCCCUGCCUGGGGACACGAGCCUUGCCUUGGUGCGAGGAUGGGCUGAUGGUCUCCACUCCCGUAGCUUGUCGUGCAGCGGCAGGCAAACCGCCCGGCGCGCAGGAGCGCACGGCGACGGCUCAGGCCUGGGCGUCCAGCGCCCACCGCGGGAAGGCGGGCGACCCGCACAGGUGCGCGUCGGAGCCCGCCAGGUGGAGACCCUCGGGGCUCGCCCCGCCCGCGCUCGGCCCUGCGCCUGCGCCGCCAGGGAGCGACAGGUGCAGGCCGCGCACCGGGGGUCGCGUUCGCCUGCCUGGCCUGCCUGCGGGCCGCGCCGCGGGUGCUUCUGGGCGCCGGCUUGGGGUGCGGCGGCCGCGUCCCCGCGUGGAGGCAGGAUGGAGCCCGGGGCACAGGGCACAGGUGUUCAACCUUUAACCAGCAAAGAAGAUGUAUACGCGUUUUCCAGGGUGAGCUCCUCUGAGGAAGACGAGGGCCCUUCUUCACUGAGGAGCCAGCUGCCCUUGAGAAAGGUCCUAAAGCACAGCACCCCGCAGGAAGCCUCCCCCAGCCUGCGCAGGAGGCCAGCAGGCCACGUCCCCUCCCACCCAGGAGAGGGCCCUGCGCCUGGACCCCCGCUGCCUGCACCCCUCUCCUGGAAGCCCCCGGCCCCCCGGGCAGGGCUCAGCCCCACGGCUGCCCUCCAGACCCCACGGCUUUCUAACAUCUGGGCCUCCAGGGCGGCCAGUGGGCAGCCAGGGCCCAACCCAGACCCCCAGGCUCCCAGGGAAGAUCCGCCCACAGCGGCCUCGGUCACCUGGCGGCGGCAGCGAGCGGAGUCCCGCGGAGCAAGGAGCUGGCCUCGACCCGUGGGGUUGCCCGGGAUCCCCAACACGGCCAGGAGGAGGAAGCGGGACCUGAAGAAGCUGGCCACUGUGAUGGAGCGCGUGAAGCAGUGGGAAAUCCGCCUGCUUCAGGACAUCGAGGCGGCCACUCAGCACGAGCUCACCAUCCAGGACGACUGACCCUCGGCGCCGGGGCCAGGGGGUGAGAUGCUCUGGAGCUCCCACCUCGGCCUGACUCACCCGGCCCUCUGUCUGUCUGCAAACCCCAGCCCUCCCCAGGGCUUGCCCAGGUCCCGCUUGGACCACUGCCCUCCCCGCGUUGUGCCUCUCGAGUCAGGUGGGGGCAAGUUAACGAGGCUCUCGGAGGUACCGUCAGAGUGCAGGGCCCACAGGGAGCCAACAGGGCAGGUGGACGCCCCACUGGCUUCCCCAGGGCGACCCAGGAAACAGGAUGACAUUUUGCACAUAGAGGCCAGGGAGCGUGGCGACCCAGCCGCCCACACAGGGCCGGGGCCACACCCCCAGCGGGCUCAGGAUGCCAUUCCAGGAGAGUCAGACGCUGGGACUCGGAGCGGGAGGCGGUUCUGGCGGUUUGCAGGAGCUGGUUUCAGUGGGGGUGGGGUGAAGAAUCCAACCCUCUGCAGCAGUACGGGCCAUCUCUGCCCCGUCCCUGUGCAGCCUCGCUGGGGUCCCACCGAAAAGCUGGAGGUGUUUACACCCUUGUGCCGCAAGGCGGUGGCGGGGGGGGGGGGGUGCCCGGGACGCUCCAGCUGGUGCAGAAAACCAUGAAGCAGCUCCCGGUGCGGACAGCCCAGGCACCGUGUGGACAUGGCACAGUGAUAAAUACAGAGCUAGAUUUUCGUCUUAUGCAUGUGUUCGUCCCCCACUUUCUUUAAAAAUGUUUGGUGCUGGGCGCCUGGGUGGCUCAGUCGGUUAAGCGACUGCCUUCGGCUCAGGUCAUGAUCCUGGAGUCCCGGGAUCGAGUCCCGCAUCGGGCUCCCUGCUCAGCU